AUGGGUCACACCAGAGCCGAGGCGCCUACCCCAAGAAGGUGGCGAAAAAAAAGUGGAAGAGGGUACGGCGUCCCGGGUUCCAGCGCUGUAGUAAGCGAUCUCCGUACUAACGAGGCCUGUGGCCGCUUAACUUCACAAAUCGGACGGGAUAUGUUGCAUUCGGCCAAGCAUGGUCGUACCCAACAUCCCCGCAAAAGAACGCAUUUUGUUCCUCGCGGUGUCCCCGGGGCGCCCCUCCCAGCCCCACCGGCGCCAGGGGUGAAUUUUCAGUUUUGCGAGUGCCGUGCGUUUCCCGCCCCCGUGCUCUACUGGGUCUCUUCGCGGUGGUAUUAG